AACUAAUUCAAUUCAAGGCGAAGCGAAGAACAAAGAGUAGUGUCUAAAGAUGUCAAAGAACUCGACGCGCACAACAAACAAAACAAUCCCGAAAAAUGAACCACAGCCACGGAGGGCAACAAAGUCGCCAGCAACAAGUGUAACUCCAACAGCAACAACAACAGCAGCCAGGAGUAGCAAGCUAAAAGUCAAGCAACAGGACAGUGUUGAAGGCGAAAGAAGCCUAAAGAAAACCACAAAGAUUGCAACAUCGAAUGCAUCGGCAACGGCAACCACAAGUAAAAGCACAACGCCAACAAGUAGUAAAAAGUCGCUGACGUUGCACACAAACAACAACAGCAACAAGGAACGUCAAGCAGGCGGGAGCAAGCGAACAACCCCAUCGCCCACAACAAAGACAACAAGCACAUCGCGUGCAAGCAAACAACCACCUGCAACUGCGGGCAUUAAAGCUAAGCCGAAUGCAGUGCUAGACACGUAUCACAGUGUGACGGUGUCGUCACCACCAUCGAAGCGCAGAGCGCAGCCAAAACAACAGGAAGAGCAACUGCAACCACCACGUGUUCGAACCUUUUCGCGCACCCUGCAGCCGGAUGAAAUUGUUGUGCUUAAAAGGGAGUCGGCCAAGCAGCGCAGUGAACUGGAGGUGCAGCAACAACAAUUGCAAGUAAAAGAGUUCAAGCAACCGGUGGCAUUCGAGGUAAACUUUGAGGUUGCUGCCAAGAAACAAGCACAGGAAUCGGACAACUAUUCGGACGACUUUGAAUCCUAUGAAUCCGACUUUGAGACAGAUGCCAGCACUCCAGAAGAUGACGACGAGGACGAGGAGCAAGCUGUUGCUGAUGAAGAUGAAGACGAAGAUGAAGAUGUCGACGAACCAGAGGAAGCAGAAAAGCCUAUUGCCGAGGAAUACAACGAUGAUGAUGAUGGUGAUGAGGAAGACUCGGAGCCCACACAAAAUCCUAUAACAGUGAUACAACGCGACAAGGAUUUGGAUAGAAAGUUGGACUCUGGUCACUAUGACAUGCACUCACGUCAACGACAACGUUCUGGCACACAACAACCAGACGACAGCUUCGAUACCAACAGCAUGGCCAACUCGGAUCAACUGGACUCGGGAAUUAGCAGCUAUGGCCUUGCUCCAGCACUCGAGCGUUCCACAGCUAAUGUACACUAUGGCGGCUAUGAGGAGUUUGUGUCACGUCCGGUGAUUAGCAAACGUGGCCUGGAACUGAUGCGUAAACUGCGCUUUGACCACCUCGAUUACCAGCUCUUUGAGAUGAAGCCGUUGAGCUAUGAGGGCUACAUGCAGAGCUAUGGCAAACUAAACACAUGCCAGCUGGCCACGCAAACCCAUGCCCAGCACAUAGACAUGGAGUGCCAGACAGUGGAGGUGCACACACGCACUAGCUGGACACAGCAUCCUCCACACUAUGGCGGCCAGUUGGUGCUCAGCUGUUCAGGCUUUGCGGCCAACGAAGCCGACAAACUUAAAGCUAUAGAAAAUGCUGAUGCUUUUGAAACUAGCUUAGAGCGUUUGGAGCAGCUACAUCUGGCGGAUCAGCAGCGAGUGAUGCAACAGCAGCGACAACGCUUGAGCAAACCCAACGACUUUGAACGUUUAGGCAUAUUCCUGCACAAGGCAUCGCUAUUGCUGAGCAAGGUGCUAAAUGCUCCAUCCGCGAAUGAGCCCAAGCGUCAAGUGAGCCUGCUACAGACAGGUCUUCUCAAUGCGCUCAGCGUGCGUCGCAUAUUUGCCAGUGCGGGACAACAGCAGCUUGUGGUCACCGUGCACGAGUGUCCGCCACAAACCAAUGUCUAUCGCGAUGACUUUGCCAAUCUGCUAAUGGUUUGGUCACUCACCGAUACGAACAAGCCACUGCGUCUACUCUCGACCUGGGCCGAGGUUUGUCGUGUGGCCUUUAGCAGUGAGGCACCCAACAUCAUUGUGGCCGGUCUGCGUGAUGGCAGCGUAGCCAUGUGGGAUCUACGCGAGACACAUAGCUACUGCUCCAAGCUGGAUGGCCAUUUGACACAUUUUGCAGCGACGCAAUCUGUAGUGCCCUCAUUGCAGGACACAACUGUUCUGGACUUGGGUGCCGUUGUGGAUGUGCGCAGCUUUCGACCAGCAGCCAAGACAGCAACAAUGAACUUAGGCAGCAGUUUAACACUACCACACAAGGAUAUUCAGUAUGCAACGCUCAAUGACUCAGGACUGCUGACGAUCUGGACACUUGUGGAAAGCGGACGUGGAGGUGGUCCGCAGGGCACAAAUGAGUACAGUUCGCCUUGGGCCCGAGUGAAGCUGCUUCAAGCCGCCAUCUGUGAUCUGCGGGGCUAUCUGGAACGUCGUUUGCUGAAGCGCAAUCAGAGUGCCUAUGAGAAGACCAAGUCCCUCUUCCAGGGCAACGUCUACAGCGAUGAGCUGCUACGCGAGCUGAACGAGACACAGACACUGACAGCAUCGUUGGCAGAUCAGGGUCUGCAAGGACUCCGUUUUAGUGGCAUCGAUGCGGGCAGCCAGCUCAUUUAUGUGUGCACCAAUCGCAACUUUGUUUUGUGCUGCACACGCAGCCUAAAAACGGAGCGCUUCACCCGCAUUGGACUCCAUGAAAGCCGUUUUCUAUUUCCGACUGCGUUGUGUGUGCUCGCCAACGAAAACUUUGUGGCCGUAGGUCUGUCGAAUGGGUCAGUCAUGAUACUCAAUUGCAAUCAAAGGCAGCGCCAACGUUUGCAGCGACCUAUCACCGCCAUGCCACCAGCCGCCCUUGCACCCUCACCCGAUCCGGAGACGGGCAAAUCAUGCGCCAUACAAAACAUUAUACUCAACGAGCGGCGCUCCUUUGAGCAGCAGCAUUUGGAAAGUAGCAGCAGCAACUUUGGUUACGAUACCCGACCCAACACCGCCUUGCAACUUUUGCGGCAACCGCUUCGCGCCUACGAGCAGCGCGUCUUUGACCAACAACUGCUCCUCAGUGGAACUGCGUUGCGCCAGCAUCUUGUCCAGGCGCUCGUCCAAUCCAGCGACGGUUGGAAGCUGUUUGCACUAUCCAAUGGCUCUGUACGCUGUUAUGACUUUCAUUUGGAUCGUGAAUUAACCGAUCUUGGUCUGGAAGUUCAAUCACCCGUAACGGAUAUUGCUGCUGCGAGCAGUUCCACAAUUGCACAGCAUUUGUUGGUGCUAGAGGCUGGUGGACAGGUCAAGAUGCACACGCUCAAUUUGUAGUUUGUUAAUAUUUAUGUUAAAGUUGAUUAUGUUAAAAGUAGCCAAGAAUAAAAUCGUUUUCAUACCA